UUGCAAAGAAAACUGAGAGAAAAAGAAAAUCUGAUUCUGCAAAAAAACUCAAAAACAGAAUUCUCUCUAUCACGCUUCGGACUCUAUAAAUAUCACGCUUCCGAUUCGGUUUAUCUAAAGAACCCAGAAUUGGGCUUCUUCUGUAUUAGCUUCUUCUAUUACUAAUCAACCACAAGGUCAAGAACCCAGGGCAGCUAAACAAAACCCAAAGAAGAAACAGUAUAUAUUUGAAAUAGAGUAGUGGGAAAAUGGUUUCUGAAUUAAUAAAUGCAAACCCAAUUGUGUAUGAGAAGAAAGAGCGUCGAGCACGAAGCGUGCCAACUGCUGUGGAAGAGUAUGUUGUCGAACCCAUUGACCAACAAGAAGUUUUUGAUCAUGUAAGAGAUAUAAAAGACCCAGAGCAUCCAUACUCUUUGGAGGAGCUCAAAGUAAUAACAGAAGAUGCAAUCGAAGUAGAUGACCAACAAAGUUAUGUUAGGAUCACAUUUACUCCCACAGUUGAACAUUGUAGUAUGGCAACAAUUAUUGGUCUUUGCUUGCGAGUAAAACUUUUGAGGAGCUUGCCCUCUCGUUACAAGGUUGAUAUUAGGGUUGCCCCUGGAUCUCAUGCAUCCGAGUCUGCAGGGUUUUUUUCCCUCUUGGUAUAUGCAGUUAACAAACAACUAAAUGAUAAAGAACGGGUGGCAGCAGCACUUGAAAAUCCAAAUCUUGUGGAUAUGGUUGAUGAAUGCCUGGCUCCAUCCUACGAUUGAACUGUUGUACAUCCAUGCAAUGUACUUAGAUUAAUAGUCUGUCUAAGCCUUUGGUCCAUGGCUGCUAUAAGAUUUUCUUACUUAUCAAAAAAAAAAAAAAAGAUUUUAUUUUCCUGUCUCAUUCAUGCAGUUUUGUCAUUUCAGCUUUGUAAUCUGAAUUAGAUGCAAUUUGGAUGUCUUGUAUUUUUUUGUUUAGUCUGUUAAUGUAGGUGAUUAUGUUAAAGAAUUUUUUCUUACCAAGUAAUCAUAGAUUAUUCUGGUCUCUUAGAUGCAAAUGUGAAAACAUUGUAUAUUUAUAGUUUCUCUUAUUUGACACAGGAGAUGAUUUUACAGGUGUGCCA